AUGGCUGUGGCCCUGGGUUGUGCAAUCCAGGCCUCCUUGAAUCAGGGCUCGGUAUUUCAAGAGUAUGAUACUGACUGUGAGGUCUUCCGCCAGCGCUUCCGGCAGUUCCAGUACAAAGAAGCAGCUGGGCCUCAUGAAGCUUUCAACAAACUCUGGGAGCUCUGCUGUCAAUGGCUGAAGCCAAAGAUGCGUUCUAAGGAGCAAAUCUUGGAGCUGCUGGUGUUGGAGCAAUUCCUAACGAUUCUCCCCACAGAGAUAGAGACUUGGGUGAGGGAACAUUGCCCAGAGAACAGAGAAAGAGUUGUGUCACUGAUAGAAGACUUACAGAGAGAACUUGAGAUACCAGAGCAGCAGCUGGAUAGGCAGGAAAUGCUCUUGGAAGAACUGGCACCAGUGGGAAUGGCACACAUACCACCAAACAUCCACCUGGAGUCACCCCCACUCCAAGUAAUGGGACCUGCCCCGGAAGUCCCAGUGGCAGAGGCGUGGAUCCCACAAGCCGGGCCGCAGGAGCUGAACUUCAGUGCUGCUGGGGAAGGCCAGCCCUUUCUCGACCCUGGAUACCCAAUACCAAAACUUGACGUGAGCUUUCCAUUGGAGCAUAGAGAAGAGGCAUGGGUGAAGGAACUGCAAGAUUCCAAAGAAAUUAAGCAAUUACUUGAUUCCAAGUUAGGUUUUGAGAUUGGAAUAGAAAAUGAAGAAGAUACUUCAGAAAAACAGAAAAAACUGGAGAAUAUGUAUCCAUUUAUUGUUACUUUAGAGGGGAAUGCUCUUCAUGGCCCCAUUUUGCAAAAAGACUAUGUACAGCUAGAAAAUCAAUGGGAAACCCCUCCAGAGGAUUUACAGAGAGAUUUAACAAAACUUGUAGAGCAUCAGAACCCCUCAGCAGGAGAGAAACCUGAGAACUCCAACUUGGAAGAACCUCUCAACCCAAGACCCCAUAAGAAGAAGAGUCCGGGUGACAAACCUCACCGAUGUUCUCAGUGUGGGAAAUGUUUUGCUCGAAAGUCACAACUUACAGGGCACCAGAGAAUUCAUUCAGGAGAGGAACCUCAUAAGUGCCCUGAAUGUGGAAAGAGAUUCCUCCGUAGUUCAGACCUUUACAGACACCAGCGACUUCACACAGGGGAGAGACCCUAUGAAUGCACUGUGUGUAAAAAGCGAUUCACUCGGCGCUCACACCUUAUAGGGCACCAGAGAACCCAUUCCGAAGAAGAAACAUAUAAAUGUCUUGAGUGUGGGAAAAGCUUUUGUCAUGGAUCAAGUCUUAAAAGACAUCUGAAAACUCAUUCGGGUGAGAAACCUCAUAGAUGUCAUAAUUGUGGGAAGAGUUUUAGUAGGCUGACAGCUCUUACUUUGCACCAGAGAACACACACUGAAGAGAGACCUUUUAAAUGUAAUUACUGUGGGAAAAGCUUUAGACAGAGACCAAGCCUUGUUAUUCAUUUAAGAAUUCAUACAGGGGAGAAGCCAUACAAGUGUAGUCAUUGUUCUAAAAGCUUCAGACAGAGAGCAGGCCUUAUUAUGCACCAAGUCACUCACUUUAGAGGACUUCUUUAA